AUGCCGGUUUUCUCAUUCCACACGAACGUUGCCGCUUCCAAGGUUACGCCUGAUCUGCUGAAACAGAUCUCUGCACUUGUUGCUCGUAUUUUGCACAAACCGGAAAGUUAUGUUUGCGUGCACGUCGUGCCGGACCAGCAUAUGAUUUUCGCCGGGACCGACGAACCGUGUGGUGUUGGUGUGCUGAAAUCGAUCGGAGGUGUCGGUGGGAGUAAGAAUAAUGAGCAUGCCAAGGCCUUAUUUGCUCUAAUCAAGGAUCACCUCGGCAUCUCAGGGAACAGGUUCGUCAGUGAAGUUUUUUUCCAUUGCUUGACGAGUGCAGGAGUAUUGUUGGGGGAGGGGAUGUACGUUGAAUUCAUCGACAUCGGUGCUGCCGACAUUGCCUUCAAUAGCAAGACCUUCGCUUGA